GGGGGCUCCCGGCGGCUCCUCCCGGCGCCAGGCCCGGGCCCGGCCCGGCGCUGCCCUCAGCGAGCCCUUUCUGCCCUCAGACAAGCCCAGAGUGCUGCCUGACAGGAGCCAGAGAUGACCAAGGAAGAAGAUCUACCAGACUGGAACUCAUCCAAGGAGUUUUAUGAAAAAUAUGAGCCGAAGGAGGUUUUGGGCAGGGGGGUGAGCAGCGUGGUCAGGAGGUGCAUCCACAAAACCACGAGGCAGGAAUACGCCGUGAAGAUCAUCGACAUCACGGCGGGGAACAUCUCCCCCAAGGAGGUGCAGGAGCUGCGGGAAGCCACCACCAAGGAGAUCGACAUCCUCCGCAAGGUCUCGGGCCACCCCAACGUCAUCCAGCUGAAGGACAGCUAUGAAUCCAGCACCUUCUUCUUCUUGGUGUUUGACCUGAUGAAGAGAGGGGAGCUCUUUGACUACCUCACUGAGAAAGUCACUUUGAGCGAGAAAGAAACCAGGAAGAUCAUGCGAGCGCUGCUGGAGGUGAUCCAGUACCUGCACUCCAUCAACAUCGUCCACCGGGACCUGAAGCCAGAGAACAUCCUGCUGGAUGAUGACAUGAACAUCAAGCUGACAGAUUUUGGCUUCUCCUGCCAGCUGAAUGAGAAUGAGAAGCUCAAAGAAAUCUGUGGCACUCCUGGCUACCUGGCCCCCGAGAUCCUGCAGUGCUCCAUGGAUGAUGAGCACCAAGGCUAUGGGAAGGAAGUGGAUAUGUGGAGCACCGGGGUGAUCAUGUACACCCUGCUGGCCGGCUCGCCGCCCUUCUGGCACCGCAAGCAGAUGCUGAUGCUGCGCAUGAUCAUGAACGGCGACUACCAGUUCGGCUCCCCGGAGUGGGACGACCGCUCCGACACCGUCAAGGACCUGAUCUCGCGGUUCCUGGUGGUGGACCCGCGGCAGCGGUACACGGCGGGGGAGGCGCUGGCACACCCCUUCUUCCAGCAGUACGACGUGGAGGAGGUCCGGCACUUCAGCCCCUUCCGCAAGUUCAAGGUGAUCUGCCUGACCGUGCUGGCCUCGGUGAGGAUUUAUUACCAGUACAGGCUGGUGAAGUCAGUGACCAGGGAGCUGGUGGUCAGGGACCCCUACGCCCUCAAGCCCGUCCGCAAGCUGAUCGACGCCUGUGCCUUCCGCACCUACCGCCACUGGGUGAAGAAGGGCGAGGCCCAGAACAGAGCUGCCCUCUUUGAGAACACCUGCAAGGCCAUCCUGCUCACCCUGGCAGCUGAGGAGGGGCUCUUCUAAUCACUGCCCCAGCCCCUGCUUUGGCUCACAAUAGGCGAGUAAAAUCUUGGAAAACAAAA